UUGACCAAAAAAAACCCUUCUCUAACCCCACUCCCUGUUCUAACUCCCACCGGCCACCGUAUCUUCAAACCUAAACUUUCACCUUAAACAACAACGCCACGAUUUUCUUGCUGCCGGAGAUUGCUCAGAGCCACUGAAAGGUUGAGAUUUGUUACAACUACGGGUUAUUUUUGGAAAUUUAAGGAAAGUGCUCGCGUUUGUUGGAAUUUGAAGAAUGGAUGAAGUUCAGGAACAUCCAAGUCAACUACAUGAUCUAGAUAAUGAUUUAAUUGAUGAAAAAUGUGUUGAUGCUGAAAUGAUAGAAGAUCAAAAUAAUAUAAUCUUGCUUGGGAAUGAUUUGAAGCAGCCAAAUUCUAGUUUUUCUUCAUAUAAUGGUCCUUUGGAACCACGCCUUGGUUUGGAAUUUGAUGAGGUUGAAGAUGCUCGUAUAUGUUAUAAUGCUUAUGCAAGGCGAAAGGGUUUUAGCAUUAGAAAAAAUCAUACUCGAUUAUCGAAGAAUGACAAGUUAUUAAUUGGGGUAGAUUAUGUUUGUUCGAGGGAAGGAAUUCGUCGUACAAGUUAUCAGAAGAAAAUCCAUAAAAAUUCGGAGCCCGCAGAAACAAGGAUAGGAUGUAAAGCAAUGAUGAGUUUAAAGAAAGUUGGGUUAAAAUGGACUAUAAGUAAGUUUGAAGUUGAACAUAAUCAUGAGCUUCUUAGUCCUAAAAGUACACGUUUUCUUCGAGGGCAUAGAGUAGUAACACCUGCCCAAAAAAGUCUUAUAGAUACACUAAAUGAGUCUGGUGUACCUCCAAAGAAAAUAAUGUCGGUGUUGAGUAAAGAAUCUGGUGGUGACUAUAAUAUUGGCUAUAUUGCUAAAGAUGUUGAAAAUUAUUUGGGCAAUAAAAGAAGUGUUUUUCUUGGGAAGGGAGAUGCACAAAGAAUGUAUAAUUAUUUUUUGGAGAGCCAAUCCAAAAACCCGAGUUUUUUUUUCUCAAUUGAUGUUGAUGAGAAUGGAUGCAUGGGAAAUUGCUUUUGGGCAGAUGCUAGAUCACGAGCUGCAUACCAGUAUUUUGGAGAUGCUGUUACUUUUGAUGCUAGUUACUUGACAAAUCGCUAUAAGAUGCCAUUUGUUCCUUUUACCGGAGUUAACCAUCAUCAUCAAUCUGUGAUGUUUGGAUGUGCUUUGCUCGUAAAUGAAACGGUCGAAUCUUAUACAUGGUUGUUGAAAACAUGGCUUAAGGCAAUGCUUGGACGUGCUCCUUUUACAAUUAUCACAGAUGAUGACAAGGCUAUGGGUAAGGCAAUCGCAGAGGUACUACCAAAUACUACUCAUAGAUUGUGUUUGUGGCAUAUCUUACAAAAAGUUCCAGAACAUUUGGCUCAUAUAUAUAAUAAGUAUUCAUCUUUCCAAGUAGAGUUUAACCAUUGUAUUCAUAGCACGCUCACAAUUGAAGAGUUUGAGACAGAAUGGAGAGAACUUGUAGGAAAGUAUGGAGUGGGAGAGAAUGAUUGGUUGAACAAACUCUAUAUGCGGCGUGCAAAGUGGGUGCCAGCUUACUUGCGAAACUCAUUUUGUGCUGGCAUGUCUACAACUCAACGGAGUGAGAGUAUAAAUAAAUUUUUUAAAGAUUAUGUUCGUUCGAGCACAAUGGUGCGUGACUUUGUCCAUCAAUAUGAGAAAGCCUUGGAUGCACGUUACCUGGAAGAAAAAGAAAAAGAUGUCAAGACAAAAACUUCUAGACCAAUUUUGAAAACAUGCUACAAGAUGGAAGUUCAGGCGGCAAAUGUUUACACAAGAAAGUCAUUUUUGAUGUUUCAAGAAGAGCUAUUUAACAGUCAAAAAUACAAUUCAUCUAAACAUGGGGAAGAAGGAGGUACGAAGAUAUAUAGGGUGGCCCAUCAUGGGACAGAAAGUCCAUUUUAUGAAGUUACACUUGAAAUUCUUGAGAAGAAAGUGACUUGUACAUGUCGCAUGUUUGAAUUUGUUGGAAUACUGUGUAGACACAUUCUUCAAGUUUUUUUGAAGAAAUCAAUAAUGGGUAUUCCCCAACAUUAUGUUUUAGAGAGAUGGACGAUCAAUGCCAAAAGUCGCAUUAUACAUGGCAUAGCUAGUGAUGAAAUAGAAGUAGAGACACAAAAUUCUUCAACCCUGAUGAAAAAUAGCUUAAAGUUGGAAUUCGAUGAUGUUGUAGAAUUGGGGUCCCAUUCGAAAAAAAGAUAUGAACAUCUUAGCAUUGCUUUACAAAAACUUCGUCACGAGCUUUUGACAAUGGAUAAUGAUUGUGAUAAAGAAGGGAUAUUGUGAAUACAAAGUUUAUGCCAGCUAACUUGGGGUCGAUAGAACAACAAAGUUUAGCAACGUGCUAUUUGCCAACUAUAUUGUAUCCCUCGACAAUGACACUUGUCAUGUCUCAAGGUCCUGUAUCUUCAUCGUCUACAGUUGAUAUUGGUGUAGAUAGGAUCAACGCCUAUGGAGCUCCCUUAAGUUGCAAUGAUUUUUUCUAGUUGUGUUUGAGUUCGGAGUUUGCCUAUGCAUGCUAUUGUGCAUGAUUGAUUUCAGGGCAACUUAUUCAUCAAGUUGCCCUAAAUCUUUUUUGUUGUGGGAUAUUUGACUAAAUCUUUUGUGGGAUAUUUGACUAAAUUUUUUUUGUUGUGUGCCAAAGUUUGAGAAAUGAGAGAUGAUUCUCAUUAUUUAAGUUUC